CGGACAGUGGACAUGUCCAAACACUUAAAAUUCUAGGUCAAAAUUGAUUUAGGGUAGAAUUAAGAUUUUUUUGGAAACUACACUCAGUCACUCCGAAUCUCGCCAACUUGCGAUGGUGUUUCAUUGCUCUUUUUCGGAUCUCUUCUUCUUCGCAUUGAUUCUUUAAGAACCCAAUCUUCAUUUCUUCUAUAUCUCUCGACUCCACUGCUUCGCUCAUCCUGCUAACAAAGGAAGAGCUCUCAUCGUUUUCUCUGGAUCUGAGCAAAAGAUUGUUCUUCUGUUUCGUCAUUCUAAGAUAUCAAACUGGAUUUAGCUACAUUGUCUACACCGUUGCACACAAGAACUCCAUUGUUGCGGUUUGUGAAGGUUUACAACAUCCAUUCUGAUUACUGUUUGGUUUUCUGCAGGUUUACUUCAUUCUCCUAGUUUCGAUACAGAGAGAAUUAGAGAAUUCGUUUUUCUGAAGCAUCAAGUUCUUUUUUCAUCAGAUUCAUUAGCUACUCAGAAAAAUGGACUUUGGUAUUACAAAUUUGAUGGAUGAAGACAACUUUAGUCUUGAAGAUAUGGAUCCUAAGGAUGAGAGGGUACAUCAAGAGACUGCUUCUUCAGAGAUGGCUGAGAAACAAAAAAGUACAGAGUAGUUCUAGUCGACGACGCUCUAAGUGCUGGAAAAACUUCACAAUAGGAGAUAGAUAUGAUGAUGAUAAAAAUGAUAUUACGUGCAAGCACUGUAAUAAAACCUAUUUCUUGGAUCUGCAUAGAAAUGGAACUAAUACUUUGACUCGUCAUAUGAGAAGUUGUUCUAAACUCCUGGAAGCACUCCUAGACCUAGUGUAAGAAAGCUGGAUAUGAUGGUGUUUAGAGAGAUGAUUGCAGUGGCUUUGAUUCAGCAUAAUCUCUCGUACUCUUUUGUUGAGUAUGAAAAGAUUAGGGAAGCUUUUGCUUAUGCUAAUCCUGAUAUUGAGUUCUGGAGUAGAAAUAUAGCAGCAGCAGAUGUAUUCAAGAUUUUUGAGAAGGAAAAAAGGAAGCUCAAGGAAAUUUUGACUAACAUUUCAGGAAGGGUUUGUUUGACAACUGAUUUCUGGAGAGCUAUCACUUUUGAAGGUUAUAUCUGUCUCACAGCACACUACAUCGAUGUUAAUUGGGUUUUGAAAACGAAGAUACUGUCUUUCAUUUUUUUCCCUCCUCACACUGGUAUUGCCAUAGCAAUGAAGCUUAUUGAAUUGUUGAAAGAUUGGGGAUUAGAGAAGAAGGUGUUUUCCCUAACCGUAGACAAUGCUUCAGCUAAUGAUAGGAUGCAAGGUAUUCUUAAGAGAAAGCUACAAAAAGAUCUUGCGUGCAAUGGUGAAUUCUUUCAUGUUAGAUGCUCACCAGAUAUCUUGAACUUAAUUGUACAAGAUGGAUUAGAUGUGAUAAGUGGAGCAUUGGAGAAUAUCAGAGAGAGCGAUAAGUUUGUGAAGGGAUAAGAGUCUAGGGAAAACAUAUUCCAAAACUGUAUGGAAACAGUUGGAUGUCAUGAGUCUGCGGGUCUAGCUUUAGAUGUUUCAACUCGUUGGAAUUCUACAUAUCAGAUGCUAGAGAGAGCAUUGAAGUAUAAAGAUGUCUUGCGUAAUCUGGCAGAAGUAGAGAAGAGUUAUCAGUGUUUUCCAUCAGAUGUGGAGUGGGAAAGAGGAGAUAUGAUAUGUAAGCUCUUGAAACCGUUUGCUGAAAUAACAAAGUUGAUUUCGGGUUCAUCAUAUCCCACAGCAAACUUUUAUUUUCUGCAAGUUUGGAGUAUAAAAAGUGGUUGAUAGAUCAUGAAGACUAUGAUGACUUUGAUAUUCAUGAAAUGGUGAUUCCUAUGAAGGAGAAAUUUGAUAAAUAUUGGGAAGAAUUAAGCGAUAUACUUGCAAUAGCUGCUGUACUUGAUCCGAAGCUGAAGUUUGCAUUUCUAGAAUAUUGCUACAACACUUUGGAUCCAGCCACUACUCAGUUGAAGUUGGCUCAUGUGCGCAGAAAAAUGGUUAAGCUUUUUGGAGCUUACAAGAGAAACACAAGCAGCAUUACUACCACCACUUCACAUACUUCACGAGAUAUUCCAUCAGGAUACGAUGGUUUUUAUUCAUACUUUUCUCAAAAAACUGGUGGUAGUGGAAAGUCACCAUUAGACACAUACUUGGAUGAGCUAGUGUUAGAUCUAGUUUCUUUUAGGAGUAUGAAUGUCUUGGACUAUUGGAAAGACAAUGCAAGUCGCUUUAUAGAGUUGUCAAGUAUGACUUGUGAUGUGCUAAGCAUUCCGAUCACAACAAUGGCGUCUGAAUCAACGUGUAGCAUAGGAAGUUGCCUUCUACCUAGAAAUGUUCAAGUGUUGAUAUGUGCAAGGAACUGGUUUCGUGGCUUUGAAAAAAUUGGUGAUGAGAUCGAGUUUGUUGACGAGGAAGAAGAAGAAGCAUGAUGUGAUGGAUUUUCUCAAAUAAAUUUGUAGUUUGUGAGCACUAAUAAUUUGUUAUGUUAAAAAUACUUUGUAGUUUGUGGUUACUAAUUAUUUGUUAUGUUAAAAUUACU